AUGUCUACCAGUCCCAUAGCUAAGAAAAUGAAAUCAACUAAAGUCAUUGGUACUCACUCGGGUACUUUCCACUGCGACGAGGCAUUGGCAGUAUUCAUGCUCCGAUUGACGGAUGAAUUCAAAGAUGCCGAUCUCGUAAGAACCAGAGACCCCGCUAAGCUCGAACCAUUAGAUAUAGUAGUAGAUGUAGGAGGAGUAUAUUCGCCUGAGAAACAUAGAUAUGACCAUCAUCAACGUGGAUUCGAAGAAGUUUUCGGAAAUGGUGGAUUCGAUAAAAUCAAAUUAUCAUCAGCAGGUUUAGUAUAUAAACAUUUCGGAAAAGAAAUUAUAGCAAAAAGAUUAGGAACGAAUAUUGAUGAUGAAAAAGUUCAAACAUUAUGGUUCACUUUAUACUCUGAAAUGAUCGAAUCCGUUGAUGGUAUUGAUAACGGUGUCAAUAUCUCAUCAUCACCUGUUGCCUAUGCUCAAAGAACAGAUCUCAGUUCAAGAGUGAAAAGAUUAAAUCCUAAUUGGAACGAAGAAGCAACCGAUGCCAUCUAUGAUGAAAAAUUCACUCACGCAUCAAAGAUAACAGGAGAAGAGUUCUUAUCUCAAUUAGAUUAUUUCGCUUUUGCCUGGUUACCCGCUAGAGAUAUCGUUAAAGAAGCUAUGGAAAAGAGAUUCGAGGUGGAUCCAAGUGGACAAAUUGUCGUCUUUGAUAAAUCAUGCCCAUGGAAAGACCACUUAUUCACUCUCGAACCAACAGUAUCACCUUCCUCUUCCUCACCAAUUUUAUACGUCCUUUACCCUGAAUCAGAUGCACCAGGAAGUAAAUGGAGGAUCCAAUGUGUACCCGAAUCACCUGAUUCGUUUAAAAACAGAAAAUCGCUCCCCGAACCAUGGUGCGGAAUGCGUGAUGAUAAAUUAUCUGAAGUCAGCGGUAUUCCAGGUGGAACGUUUGUCCACGCUUCUGGAUUUACUGGCGGCAAUGCUACCUUCGAAGGUACCAAGGAAAUGGCUAAGAAAGCUUUGUCAUUCUGA